ACUCUUUGUGCAUUUCUCAGCUGGAGAUCCUUGUUUUUUUGGGCUCCCUGUGCUUUCCCUACAACAGACGGCUUUUUCAUGCACUUACUGGCCUGGUCUGGUCUGUAAACUCACCGGAACGUUAUGCAAUAGGUCAUUGUAGCUCAAAAACGGUAGUUGCACAUUUCACAGUGAGAAAGGGACAAAGACAAAAGUUAGCAACAUCUUCCAGCCAAUGACUGACAUCAAAGUGGCAUCCUUUUUAAGCAGCACUAAGUAACUUUUCAACCUUCAAGAAAUAUUUUCAUAACUUUUGGGAUCAUACAUCGACUUACAACUAGUUGAAGGACACGUCUGUCAUGGCCUGAGGGGGUCUGUAUGGCUUUCAUUGGCACUGAGCAACUUUGAGGAGGGUGGCAGGAACCUUGCCACAUAAAAAACUACAAAUGUGCUGUCUUGCUUGACGGCAUAGGUCACUCCCUCUUUCCUCAUUCCUUACAAAGACGGAAGUCGACGUUAACUCCUACGUGAAAUGUCUGCUAUCAUGGCCGAAGCUGCAAAACAACAAAAAAAAACAAAAAGUUUUGUCUAAGGAGACAAAACAAGAAAAAAGGAGGCUACCCGGAUAAAAGGACAGUGAAGGAUCAUCAUCGGCCUGGCUUUCACUCGCUGAAGAUGAGGACGGAUUUUCCACCGAUGCUGCCUUGGCUCUGUUCCUGCUGGACAGUUUUGUCUGUGUAGGAGCUCCUGGACCAUUAUAAAGACAUUGCUGUCGGAUAAUAAUGACUCCUCCGAGGCUGACAGGAGCUUUACGUUCCUUCUCCAAUGUCACCCGGAAGGAGGAUUUCAACGAGAAGCUCUAUGAUCUGAAGACCAAACGUCUGAAGAAACAGGAACUCUUCGCCAAAGAAGGGCUAACGUGGCAGAGAAUUUCCCACUUCUGCACUGACCAUCAGGACAAAGUGAAGCAGGAUGCUGCUCAGCAAGAAUUAAAGAGCCUUCUUCUGGCAGCCAAACAGAUAGUGGGGACUGAAAAUGGUCAGGAGGCAAUCGAACACGCUGCUGUCUUUCUGUUUGAGACCUUUCACAACAAAGACCAUGUGGGGACUGAGGAGACCCGUGCCAUCAAACAGAUGUUUGGCCCUUUUCCUUCAUCUGCCGCUGAAAUGUCCUGUGCCUGUGUGGUACGGUUGGUGGCUUCUCUGGGAGAGUCCAAAAUUGAGGAAUUUAUCCAAUCCCAUUCCUCUCGUCAGAAACCUCAACAAGGCUCCACUUUUGGACGAAACAUUGCCUUCUCCCAUGAUUGCUAUACACUGGAACCACUGGAAGAACUCCCCUGCCCCAUCAUCCAGGAUCAAAAUGUGAACUUGGACUUUACUAACUUCCUAAAUAAACAGCAAAUUGAGCGGAAUGUUGUCAACGAGGGAGAUAUGUUCUCAGGAAGAGCUUCUGUGCAUGAAACUGUUCUAAUGACAGAAGUGGAGAAGUAUCUGAACGGAGGAAACAUGAUUUCAUCUCGCCCAGAAGAUCUGUGCACCUCCCUUUUUGAGAUGUUGGCCUCCGAUAAAACCAAUGAUGAGCUGCAGAAUGAGUUAUUUGAGCUGCUUGGCCCAGAAGGUCUCGAAAUGAUCUCUACCCUCCUGCAGCAAAGACCAGCUAUUGUUGACUCUCUGCUAAACAUGCCACCUCUUGCUCAGUCACAAUCAGGCUAUUUACAUGAUGCUGGCCGAAAAGGCACUGAUGAUGUUUCAAGGCCUACCUAUGGCUGCCAAGUGACCGUCCAGUCGGAACAAGAAAAACAGUUGAUGAAGAUAUUCCGCAGGGAGGACAAGAGAGAGAGGAAGAAGGGGAAAGGAACAGAUGAUGUGGAAUGCUCUGAUGCUAUCAUGAACUUUGACCCCAGAGAGAUGAGAGCCCAGCGGGAGCAUGCUCUGUUGACUGCCCGCCAGGAACCUGUGCUUUGUAGAGACAGAGUGCAUGAACGGAUCAAAUACCCAAAUGUCUAUGACAGCUACGCUGAGGCCGCAAAGACACCUGCCUUUGUCGGAGGAGCUAGGAUGCUGCUUCCUGAGGGAAUCCGCAGAAAUAAUGUUAAAAUGUAUGAAGAAGUGGAAAUCCCACCCAAUGAGCCCCUACCUAUUGGAUUUGAAGAGAAACCCAUCUACAUCUCUCAACUGGAUGAGAUCGGACAGUUGGUUUUCAAAGGAAUGGAGCGCCUUAACAGGAUCCAGUCACUGGUGUUUGAGACUGCCUACAACACCAAUGAAAACCUACUGAUCUGCGCCCCAACUGGUGCUGGCAAGACCAACAUUGCCAUGCUGACUGUUCUUCACGAGAUCCGCCAACACCUGCAGCCUGGCGGCGUCAUCAAAAAGGAUGAAUUCAAGAUAGUGUAUGUUGCUCCAAUGAAGGCCUUGGCAGCUGAAAUGACUAAGUACUUCAGUAAACGAUUGGAGCCUCUGGGCAUCACCGUCAAAGAACUCACUGGUGACAUGCAGUUAACUAAAGGGGAGAUCCUUCGAACACAGAUGUUAGUGACCACCCCAGAGAAGUGGGACGUUGUGACCAGAAAGAGUGUUGGAGACAUUGCUCUCUCUCAAAUCGUGCGGCUCCUAAUAUUGGAUGAAGUUCACCUUCUUCAUGAAGAUCGAGGACCAGUGUUGGAGAGCCUUGUGGCCCGGACCAUCAGACAGGUGGAAUCUACCCAGAGCAUGAUUAGGAUCCUGGGAUUGUCAGCCACACUCCCCAACUAUCUGGAUGUGGCCACUUUCUUGCACGUCAACCCAUGUAUUGGCCUCUUCUUCUUCGACAGUCGUUUCAGACCAGUGCCACUUGGACAGACCUUUGUUGGCAUCAAAGCUACUAAUAAGAUCCAGCAAAUGCAUGACACGGAAGAGGUGUGCUAUAACAAAGUUAUUGAGCAAGUCAAAGCUGGUCAUCAGGUAAUGGUGUUUGUCCACGCUCGUAAUGCCACUGUGAGGACAGCCAUGGGGCUAAUCGAGAUGGCUAAGAACCAUGGAGAAACAUGCUUCUUUCAACCAGACCAAGGUCCUGACUAUGGCCAGUGUGAAAAACAGAUCCAGCGCUCCAGGAACAAGCAAAUGAAGGAGAUGUUUCCGGAAGGUUUUGGGAUCCACCAUGCAGGCAUGUUGCGACCUGACCGCAACUUAAUGGAAAGCAUGUUCUCCAGAGGGUACCUCAAAGUGUUGGUCUGUACUGCCACUCUGGCCUGGGGAGUCAACCUGCCAGCCCAUGCUGUUAUCAUCAAGGGCACACAAAUUUAUGAUGCCAAGCGUGGUGCCUUGGUGGACCUGGGCAUUUUAGAUGUGAUGCAGAUCUUCGGCCGUGCAGGACGUCCACAGUUCGACAAGUAUGGAGAGGGCACCAUCAUUACCACCCAUGAGAAGCUCAGCCAUUACCUUACUCUGCUAACCCAGCAGAACCCCAUUGAAAGUCAGUUUCUUGACAGCCUGGCUGACAACCUUAACGCUGAGGUUGCUUUGGGGACAGUCACCAAUGUGGAUGAGGGGGUAAAGUGGCUCAAUUACACCUACCUCUAUGUGCGCAUGAGGGCCAAUCCGCUGGCAUAUGGUAUCAACUACAAGGCCCUCCAGAUGGAUCCCGGUUUAGAGCUGUACAGAAAGGAGCUGAUGAUAGAGUCAGGCCGGAAGCUGGACAAAGCCAGGAUGAUUCGCUUUGAUGAGCGCACCGGCUACUUUGCCUCCACAGACUUGGGGAGGACAUCCAGUCAUUUUUACAUCAAAUACAACACUAUAGAGACUUUCAAUGAACAUUUCAACUCUCAGCGAACAGAAGGAGACAUCCUCAGUAUUGUGUCCAAGGCUGAGGAGUUUGAGCAGUUAAAGGUUCGUGAUGAAGAGAUGGAGGAGCUGGAACAGAUGCUGUGUAACUACUGUGAGUUGCCCGCAGCAGGCGGUGUGGAGAAUGGCUAUGGCAAAGUCAACAUUCUGCUGCAGACGUACAUAAGUCGAGGAGAUGUGGACAGUUUCUCCCUCAUCUCAGACCUUUCAUAUGUGGCACAGAAUGCUGCUCGAAUUGUCAGGGCAUUGUUUGAGAUUGCCCUAAGAAAGCACUGGCCGGCCAUGACUUACCGACUGCUCACACUCUGUAAAGUCAUUGAUAAGAGACUUUGGGGCUUUGCCCACCCUCUUCGGCAAUUCCCCAACUUGAGCCAUGUUGUACUCAACCGACUGGAGGAGAAGAAGCUCACUGUUGACAAACUGAAAGAAAUGAGGAAGGAUGAAAUUGGCCACAUGCUGCAUCAUGUAAACAUUGGGUUGACAGUCAAACAGUGUGCGCAUCAGAUCCCAUCGAUCACAAUGGAGGCCAGUAUUCAACCAAUUACAAGAACUGUCCUGCGCGUCCGUCUUAUUGUCACUCCAGACUUCCGUUGGAAUGACCAGGUGCAUGGAUCUGUGGGUGAGCCAUGGUGGUUAUGGGUUGAGGAUCCCAUCAAUGAUCACAUCUACCAUUCUGAAUAUUUCCUCCUCCAAAAAAAACAGGUGGUGACUGCAGAGCCCCAGCACAUUGUGUUUACAAUUCCCAUCUUUGAACCGCUACCCUCUCAGUACUACAUCAAGGCAGUGUCUGACCGUUGGCUUGGUGCUGAAGCCGUCUGCAUCAUCAAUUUCCAGAACCUUAUCCUACCUGAGCGACACCCUCCACACACCGAGCUGCUGGACCUGCAGCCAUUGCCAGUGAGCGCUCUGGAUAACCGGGAGUUUGAAAGCUUGUACAAGUUCACUCACUUCAAUCCUAUCCAGACUCAGAUUUUCCACACACUGUAUCACACUGAUACCAAUGUUUUACUCGGGGCCCCAACGGGCUCUGGAAAGACCAUUGCUGCUGAGAUGGCCAUGUUUAGGGUGUUCGACAAGUACCCUGGCAGCAAGGUGGUGUACAUUGCCCCGCUCAAAGCUCUGGUCAGAGAGAGAAUUGAGGACUGGAAAGUCAGGAUAGAGGAAAAACUGGGAAAGAAAGUGGUGGAGUUGACGGGCGAUGUGACGCCAGAUAUGAGAUCUAUCGCGCAGGCUGACCUCAUUGUCACCACACCUGAGAAGUGGGAUGGAGUGAGCAGAAGCUGGCAAAACAGAAGCUAUGUUCAGAAAGUAGCGAUCUUGAUCAUUGAUGAAAUACACCUGCUUGGGGAAGAUAGAGGUCCUGUGUUGGAAGUCAUCGUCUCCAGGACCAACUUCAUCUCCUCCCACACCUCUAAAACUGUUCGAGUAGUUGGUUUGUCUACUGCUCUGGCUAACGCUCGAGACCUUGCUGACUGGCUGGGAAUCGUUCAGGUCGGUUUGUUUAACUUCCGACCUUCUGUUCGCCCUGUACCACUGGAAGUUCACAUCCAUGGAUUUCCGGGACAGCACUACUGCCCUCGCAUGGCCACCAUGAACAAACCAACCUUCCAAGCAAUACGUACCCACUCUCCUGCUAAGCCAGUGCUGAUCUUUGUCUCAUCCCGACGUCAAACUCGACUGACAGCCCUGGACCUCAUUGCAUACUUGGCAACUGAAGACAACCCCAAACAAUGGCUACAUCAGGAUGAGAGAGAAAUUGAGGACAUCAUCGCCACAGUACGAGAUUCUAACUUGAAGCUAACUCUGGCCUUUGGAAUCGGGAUGCACCACGCUGGCUUGCACGAGCGAGACAGGAGGACCGUGGAGGAACUGUUUGUCAACUGCAAGAUCCAGGUUUUGAUUGCAACAAGCACUCUGGCUUGGGGAGUAAACUUUCCUGCUCAUCUGGUGGUUGUUAAAGGAACUGAAUACUACGAUGGAAAAACAAGACGAUACGUGGACUACCCCAUAACAGAUGUUUUGCAGAUGAUGGGCCGAGCAGGUCGCCCUCAGUUUGAUGACCAGGGCAAAGCAGUUAUUCUUGUCCAUGACAUCAAAAAAGAUUUCUACAAGAAAUUUCUUUAUGAGCCUUUCCCAGUGGAGUCCAGCCUCCUCAGUGUGUUGUCAGACCACCUGAAUGCUGAGAUUGCUGCUGGAACCAUUUUGUCAAAGCAGGAUGCAAUGGACUACAUCACCUGGACGUACUUUUUCAGACGAUUGGUGAUGAACCCCAGCUAUUACAGUUUAGAAGACAUCAGCCAUGAUUCCAUUAAUAAAUUCCUCUCCAACCUGGUGGAAAGGAACCUGCGGGACUUGGAGUGCUCCUACUGCAUUGAGAUAAAAGAGGACGACCGAGCGAUUCAGCCUCUGACUUAUGGUCGCAUUGGUUCAUAUUACUACCUGAAGCACCAGACCAUCCGCUUGUUUAAAGAAAGACUGAGGGCUGAGCUUGCCAUCAAGGAUAUUCUCUCCAUUCUGACAGAGGCAGAAGAGUAUGCAGAACUGCCUGUGAGACACAAUGAAGACCAACUCAACAGCCAGCUGGCUCAACAGCUCCCCCUGGAGGUCAACCCUCACUCCUAUGACAGUGCUCACACAAAGACGCACUUGCUGUUGCAGGCUCACUUUAGCCAUGCUCAGUUACCAUGCAGCGACUACACAACUGACACCAAGACCGUUCUGGACAAUGCCAUUCGGAUCUGUCAGGCCUUGCUUGAUGUUGCAGCCAAUGAGGGCUGGCUUGUUACAGCUUUAAGUAUCUGCAACCUCGUGCAGAUGAUUGUCCAAGGCCGGUGGCUCCACGAUUCGUCGCUACUGACCCUGCCACAUGUGGAACAGCAGGACCUCUACCUGUUCAGAAAAUGGUCAAACCGUAAGGGGAGGGCAGACAGAAGAGGCUACAAUGGACCAAUAGAUGGACUCCCCGAGCUGAUCACUGCCUGCAAUGGAAAGGACAGCAUUUUUGCAUCUAUCAUAGGCCAAGAGUUACCAUCAAGCCAUGUUGCCCAGGCAUGGGCCUUCCUCAGUCAUCUGCCAGUACUGGAGGUGGGGUUGAGUGUGAAGGGUUGGUGGGAAAAGAACCAGGAACAAACAGAGCGCCCCCUGCCUGCAGCGGCAGCCAACCUGAGGGAGGAGCGCAACUGGCUGGAAGUCCAUGCUGACCAAGAGUAUGUUUUGCAAGUGUCUCUUCGACGCAUCAACAUGGGCCAACAGAGGAGGAAGCAGGACAGUAAGGCUCAGGCUCCAAGGUUCCCUAAGGUCAAAGAUGAAGGCUGGUUCCUGGUCAUCGGCGAAGUAGAUCACAAGACCCUGCUGGCGGUCAAACGAGUGGGAUAUGUGCGCAACCACACUAAUGUGUCCAUUGCCUUCUACACACCAGAGAAUGCUGGAAAGUGUAUCUACACACUCUACUUGAUGAGUGACAGCUACCUGGGUCUGGACCAGCAAUAUGACAUUUACCUCAAUGUGACACCUGCUAGCAUUGCUGCCCAGGUCAACACUGAGGUCGCUGACUAGAUGACACAUUUCAUCACCAUCAGAACAGAUCAGUCAACACAUUUUCACAUCAUUUUUUUCUUAAAUCUGGAUCUUUUUUUUUUAUAAUCAGGGACACAAGUUAAUUGGUAGAGACGUGGUAAGAAGAGAAGCGAAGGUAGCGUUUGAGAUAAGUGCAAGACUCCUUCCUGCAUCUCACAUACCUGACCAAAGCCCCAAAAGUACUGGUUAAAAACAGUGACGUGUAAGAAACAAUCACCGUUCCAGCUUCUCUUGACCCAACAUGCUUGUUACGUUAAUAUGAAAAAUCUAAAUGGCCCAAAGUGUGAAUGUGAAUUGUGAAUUGCUGCCUGAUGAUCUGUCCAGGGUGUAUCUCUUUUGCAUAUGCACCUAAUCAUGUAGAAAAAACAUGAUGUAACCUAAAACUGAAAUGGACUAAAAUGCUAUUUAAUUAAAUUCUGACUUUUAGAGACUGUUGUCUUUGACAAGAAAAUGUGCAAGUUCCCCCUACACAUGCACCCGCUGACCAAAGACCGACUAGUAAUGAUGAGUGACGCCUCAGUGAGUGUGUGGCACACUCACUAACUGCAUUGACACGGCAGAAAUACUGUGUUGGUGUUUCAUUAUGGUCAUCCGCCAUCUGAUGGAUUAUAAAAGUCAUUACAUUUAAUCUGCAAUUAAAAUAACAGUUAGCAAAUCUAAGGUUUUUGUUUGUUUGUUUUUUUAAUGAAUAGUUGUGCAGAAAGGAAUAUUAAAUGUGUAUAACUCUGAUUAAUGAGCCAAAUAGUAAACAAUAGAAGAACUUUUACCUUACCACACUUUGUAUUUUUUUCUUCUUUUUUUUUUUGUUACAUUUAUUUUUUAAUUGUUGUUGGAUUUUUUGAUUGUUUUUUUUUUCAUAGUUCAAUUUAGAUCAAUGAUCGUGACGAAAACUCCUCUAAUAUCAUUUAGUACGAGAUGUCACUCAGUCAGAUUUUUUGUCCUUAAAGUGACGCACACAUCGAGGCUUCGAACUCGUGUUUUAUAAGGCAUCGAUGCUUCAGUAUUGUUUGACCCAUCGGUAUCGUUUGACCCAUCAGUAUCGUUUGACCCAUCAGUACUAUAGCAUUAAUUACAGCAAAAGUCUCACAGAAAUUAUGAACAUAUACAAUAGGUCAGUGUUUUUCAACCACUGUGCCAUGGAGAUAUUGUCUGGUGUGCCAUGGGAAAUGAUGCAAUUUGACCUAAUAGGUCUAAAAAAAUAUUUUUUGCAAACCAAAGGAUAUUUUCAUGGCAUCGCAGCUGGUGCAAAUAUCACAAUAUAAAAAAACAUUUUGAACCCUAUACAUAUCUGUUUGGAUCGAGCACAAAUGCGACAAACCUACUGUAAAUGACUGAUGGACGGUAAUGACUCGUGUGGUACAUCACUGGAAUGAACAGAAACCCUGGCUUCAGUAUAGAAGGAUUUUGAUAGCUGAAGAUUUAUUGUCAUUUCAAGAUAGCAUUGCAAAUGUAACUGAUGGCAGCUGGGUGUGCUGUAGGAUGUUGUGUAAACCUCAAUUCUCGACACCCUAAGAGACGAGCUGGACUACGAGCUGACAGCUGCAGGGCUUUUAGUUCAGCGCUGCUGGAUUUAAUUCUCAUUUUGGACCUGGGUUCCAGUCCUGUCCAUGGCUUUGAUGUUAUAGAUAAAAAAUAAAACAUUUGGAAAAGUUUGGCAGGCUGGAUUAAAAAUAGUAAUUCGCUGUAUACUAUGCGUAUAUGCAGCCUUAUCACAAUGAGGUUUAAGAGCAGGUUUUUGGGCAUGAACUAUGGUGUUUUUUGCUGACCCGUAUCUUUGGUAAUUACAGUGUAUUUGUUUUAUAAAU